AUGAUGUUCUACACGCAACUCUUCACGUCCAAAAGGGCACCGCUAGCUAAAAUUUGGCUAGCAGCUCACUGGGAAAGGAAGCUUACCAAGGUACAUGUGUAUGAAUGCAACUUGGAAACAACCAUCCGAGACAUAAUUUCCCCUAAGAUGAAAAUUGGUUUAAGGACAUCUGGGCAUCUGCUCCUUGGUGUGGUCAGAAUCUACUCCAAAAAAGCCAAGUAUCUCCUUGCAGACUGCAGUGAUGCCCUGAUUAAAAUUAAAAUGGCAUUCAGGCCAGGUCAGACAGAUUUGCCGGUGGAUGGGCUCGAGGCCAAAGUAAAAGCCAUUACCUUGAUUGAAGAUUUCACUGCUUUUGAUUCCCAGCUGCGGCACCCUAGUGACAUAGAUGUUGUGGACCACUUUUCGCUGAACCAGAGUCGAUCAGAGGAAAUCACUCUGAAAGAAGACUUUGGAAAUGACUUUCUCAGCCUGGUAGAUAUUGGAAAUGAGUCCCAAAGCAACCCAAAUGCACUGCUGGACAUGACCUUCCCGAGCUUGGCUCAACAGGCAGACACAUUUGGGGAUGAGGAUAAAGGAUGCGAUCUGCUUGACUUCUUGACAAACUCCAGUGAUCGUUGUCAGCCAACAGACUUCAGCAUUGAUGAGGCACAGAAUGAAAAUCUAGAGAACUCUACACAAAAUGAUCAACAAGACUCCAUACAUUUUCCAGAUGCUGACAGAAGAGAUGCCGUGCAGGUUGAGACCUCUUCACUGAAUGAAACCACCCUGCUUUCUAAUGAGCAGGAGGCUUUUGCCCUUGGACCUGUGGCCGUCACUCCACACUCGGAGAACAAGAGGGGGAAAAGGAAACGCAAGUUGGUGGUUGACCACACCAAAGAGCUGAGCAACAAACUUAUGAGAGAACAGCUUUCUGACUAUUCAGAUCUGCUUGUAACCUUGGACAUGGCCCCACCGACUGUUCAGCUCAUGCAGUGGAAGGAGAGCGGAGGUGCUGACAAACUCUUUGCACAGCUAUGUUCCACCAUAAUAGCUCCACAGAUGAAGGAGCUCUUUUCCAGAAGUGUCUUCCAGGUGAACUCUUACAGUGCGAGUGAGGGGGUUGAGGAGAUGCGCCAGGAAGGACAAGAAGGUCAGAGGGAUCUGAGCGCUCUCACCACAGAGAACAUCAGUGUCAUAGAUUCAUCUGCUGAUCGUGAAAUAACACACAACACUGAGCUGACAGUCUUUGAUCCCAUGAAUGACAACAACAUCGAGAAUUACUCACAGCUCGCACAAGAUACAAGCAGGUCAGAGUUCACUCAUCCAGAACUUCCAUCAGAAGACUCCAUGUUUGUCCAUCCGUCUUGCUUGGAGCGAGACACUCAGUCAACUUCCCUCCACACUCAGUCUAUGCUGGGCAGCCAGGACUUUGAAGAGAGGAGGAUAACCAGGCAAGCACAGAAGCUUCUGAACGCUCUGAAACAGAGCCAAAGCAGCAGUGACUCCACGUUCAGUCUGCAGGAACUCUGUGAAGGAAGCUCUCGCUCGCAGGCUGCAGCCACUUUCCUCUGCUUCCUCUUCCUAACAAAACAGCAGGCCCUCCACCUGUACCAGAGCGCUCCCUAUGAGGACAUCUUCGCCACACCUGGACCCAAGUUCUACAUUCAGUAA